UCCGCUUGCUUUUCUGUGAUUGUUUUAACCAGUGCGUGAGCUUCAGCCCAGCCGCCUCCCUGGCUUCUCAGUGCAGAUUGCCAUUCUUUGCUCGACUCGUACCUGGAGUUUGAAUUUUGCCGGCUGCUUCUCCUCUCACGCUAAGUCACGUGUGGUGAACCCUAUGGCAUGGCGUUCACCCUGCGGAGGGCCUUUUGUCAUAUGUCUGUUUUUUGGAUGCCCGGAGCUGUGGUUGCUCUGAAAAUUCACCCUGCCAAUAAUGUCCAAAAGGCAGUCAGAGAUUGCCUCCGUGUUUGGUUCUGCUCCCUACAACCUGAUCUGUUCAGGGUCAGAUUCUAUCAUGCAUACUGUAAAAGCUUCCACUCAGAAAACGGAAAUGACCUUCAUCCAGUCGGUGAGCCAUGGUUCUCUCAAGCACAGGUAUGGAACCAGCCAGAACAGACUCUUAAAAAUGAGGAUGAAGAGAUGCUUUCCAGGAGGCUAAACAGCUUCGCCUCCUUUGAGGAAGUGUUGAGUUUCAUCCAUACACUGGACACCCUGCCUGUCACUCUGGCAUCAGCAGCUCUGCUCAGGAUUUGUGAGAUAGGGAAAAGAGAUGAUGAGCAGAGACUACCCAAAGAAGUACUGGAAAACCGCGUCUUCCAGGCUUUGUGCCUUCGCUGUGAGCGGGAUCCCUCACAUCUGACCAAUGCUGUUUUGGUGACCGUUUUGCAGUCUCUGGUUAUAGAUCCUCAAAGUAGCCUGGUGCUGAGCCUUGUGGCAGAAUGCCAGCGCCGGCUGCGAAGAGGCAGUCUGGAAGUCCACCAUCUUUGUGUUCUUGGGGAAAGUCUGGCUAGGCUUCAAGGUGCAAGUUGUGAGAUCCUGAAACUGGUUAUCUGUCAACUGCAAAGUGAAAAUUUGGAAACAUUUGCUCCAGAGGAUAUCGUGUCCGUUUAUAGGAUUCUGCAGGCGUGUCCUGAAGAAGUAGACAAACAUCAGACAUUUUUAAACACCGUAAACAACUUCUCCCUUUCAAUAGUUUCCUACCUGAGCCCUAAAUCCAUUAGCCAUGUUCUUACUGCCUUAGUGGCCCUGGACCAGACUCACGCACGCCCACUGCUUAUAAAGCUGGGCAAGUCCGUUGUGAGAUACAUUCCCCGUUUUACUAAUGAGGAGCUCAGGCAAGUCUUGGAGGCAUUUGUUUAUUUUGGACACAGUGACAGGUUUUUCACAGAGGCCUUAGAGCAACAUGUUGCUGCCCAGUGCUUCUCCCUGGACCCCGCCGUUGCCAGCUCUGUGAUGGAGUACUGCAGUAGAAAGCGGAUUCUUUCCAAGCCCAUCUUCGAUGUAGUUGCAGAGAUUUUUGUUUGUCAGUCCGAAAAGUUUUCACCAAGUCAGAUUUCUGAAUUAAUUGAGCCAUUUGGAAAACUCAAUUAUUUACCACCAAAUGCCCCUGCUCUGUUUAGGAAGGUAGAAAAUGUGCUCUUUGCUCAUUUACGUCAUUUUCCACCCAAGAUGCUAUUGAGGCUUCUUCACUCAUGUUCACUGAUUGAGCGCCAUCCGGUCAACUUUAUGUCAAAAAUAUUCAGCCCCUUUUUCCUUCAACGGCUGCAAGGUAAAGAGUCAUAUUUGGACAGACUGAGCCUGGCACAGAUGACCCAACUUUUCCUAACCUCUGUCCUAGAGUGUCCUUUCUAUAAGGGCCCCAAACUCCUUCCUAAAUAUCAAGUGAAGUCAUUCCUCACUCCAUGCUGCUCCCUGGAGACGCCCAUGGAUCUCCAUCUUUAUAAGUCUGUGGUGAUUGGACUGAUUGAUCUUUUAGGAUCAAGAUUGUAUUUUGCUUCAAAAGUGUUGACACCCUAUUAUUAUACCAUAGAUGUUGAAAUUAAAUUAGAUGAAGAUGGAUUUGUAUUGCCAUUUACAGUGGAUGAGGAUGUCCAUACAAGGGUGGCCCUGUGUAUUGAUGGCCCACAGCGAUUUUGCUUGGGCAGUAAACACUUACUUGGAAAAGAGGCCAUUAAACAAAGACACCUGCGGUUACUUGGUUACCAGGUUGUUCAGGUUCCCUAUCAUGAGCUGGAGCUGCUUACAUCAAGACUUGAGUUGGUGGACUAUUUACAAAGAAAGCUCUUUUCUCAAAGCUCCACAGUCCACUGGUAACAGAGGAAACUGGCUUCAGGAUUCACAGUGAAAAAAGAUUUUAUUUGUAAGAGAGUUUAAUUUGUGAAUUAGCCACUAUAUGGAAAUUAUGUUUACAGACUUGGGAUCUGAAAAGGGUCUGUGUCUUUUCUUAUACCAUGUAUAUGUGUAUUGGUGGUAAAUUUGAAAUUAAUUUAAUGGCGUCUUAGAUGCCUUCACUGCAGAGCAGGAUCAUUCAAAUGCAAUAAAAUAAUGUAACAAGUAAA